UUCCAUGAGGUUUUGCUUAAAUUUUCAGAUGUCUUUCAACUGUUUUUGUGUUCGUUUACUGAGCGUUAUAAAUACUUAAUGAUAUGUUAUGCAACGUUUUCUCAGAUUUUACUUGUAAUUUUUAUGACAAUCUUACAGUUGUUUGUAUCAUUUUAUUCUAUUUCAACAAAUUUGUAGUUGAUUUGAUCAAGUUUUCGCAUUUUCGGCAAUUUUUUCCCGCCACUUGAAACAUUUUUUGGGAUAAUUUUGUCCAGACUUUUUAAUGUUCCAUCAAAACCAAUUUUAGCAUUUUUUUUGCGCUUUUCAAUCAAUUUUUACUAAGUAAGUAAAUUAUUAAUAAUUUCCAAUAUUUUGAGUAUACCUACUGGUAUUGAUUUUACAAUAUUUCCUCUUGUUAGACUGUAUUCAAGCACAAAUGAGAUAUGGUGGAAAGAUGAGAAUGAUUCCCUAACCAGUGAAAAAUUAAAAAUAUCUUUAUACGAGAAUUUUUAAUAGGUAUCAAGAAGAAACCAUUUACUUACCCCUUGCUAGCUCACAAGGGAACCACUUCAGGUGUCACGCUUCGAUUUGAACGGGACCGUGAUUUUCGGAUAGAGCAUAGUCUAAAACCCUCAAAACCAAAUUUUCAGCUGCCCCAGUUCAUUUUUCGAUUUUUGGCGAAUUUUUGAAAAUUCAAAAUUGACUGUUUUUGGCGAUUCAUGCUUUUUUAACCCUUAAAGACCCAGUCUAAUCCUGAGAUGUUGUGUGAAAAUGCUUUCAAUUUCCUGAAUUAGAUCAUCACAAGCAUCACUUUAACCCACAGUUUGCUCCCCAGCCCCUUAAAGCCGUCUCGUAAAAGCCGUACCAAUUUAUUUAAUUUUCCUUGAAAACCGAGAAAGCAAAAACCCCAAUGAGGUCAAUCAUGGAAUUGAAUGAUAUAGUAUCAUUAUGUGUACUGAAUGAGUGAAAGCAUAUCCCCAAAGAACAUCCCACCCCUUUUUGGGGGGCAAAUUUUCAAAAAAGUUGGGAUAAAAAAAUUGGACCCAUGCUCCAUUUUUGGAUAAACAUAUUGAUGGUAGACCCUUCACAAAAUGAAAUCAUGAAAGGUGUGAAAAUGGUGGACCAGAGCGAUUUUUUGAAAAUUUUAUUCGCUUGUCUCGAUAAAAACCUGAAAAAACAGAGCAUGAAUACGCAAAGUACAUAAUAUGGGAAAUAUUAUCAAGUAGGCUUGAAAUGACAGAAACAAGAAUUGAAAGGAACACAGAUGCUUUUAACAGCACAUAAGUUCAGAUAAUCUACAAUCCACCCAUCAAAUCUGUUUAUCACUCCAUGGAUAUUCUUUCUCGAUAUUUGUCACCAAAUAGUUACAUCCUACAAAGGUUAGCAGUACGAUUGUUUUUCUGCAGAAAUAUCGAAAUAGGUUUAUCAACCACUUUGAAAAGCUUUACACUGUCAAAUUGCAGCACUCCCUGGCAUUUCAUAAUGUUGAAGCAUUCAUGAAGAAGUCACUAUCCCUCCUCGAUCAUUGAUAGUGUAGUUCAACAUCAUGAAAUAUUAUGAUUGGAAACAACGAAUUCUGCUCAAGCAAUUUUCAAGAUGUACAACUUCACUAUCAAUGAUCGGGGAGGGAUAGUGACUUCUUCAUGAAUGCUUCAACAUUAUGAAAUGCCAGAGACAGCUGCAAUUUGACAGUGUAAAGCUUUUCAAAGUGGUAGAUAAGCCUAUUUCGAUACUUCUGCAGAAAAACAAUUGUACCACUAACCUUUUGCGGGAUGUAACUAUUUGUUGACAAAUAUCGAGAAAGAAUAUCAACUUCAGCAGGAAUUUCUCAAAACAUUCAAAAGUUCAGAGUUGUGGUUGAACAACAGUUGAAAGCUUUUUACUGAAUCUCAAAUCCCCUGAAUUGGCGAGUCCGCUAUCACCAGGAUCGCUACUGUCGCGUGUUGAUUAUGGGAUAGGAGGUUAUCACACACCAUUGUUAAUUAUGGUGGUGUAUGGAUUUAGGAAAUAAAUUAUUGAAUUAUAAUACCAUUUUGGUUUUGCUGAAAAUGGGUGAUUGUGAUAUUGAGAUUAUUGAGGUGGGCAUAUGUAUGCCAUACAUCACAACUUACUUUGAAGGGGCAAUACGGCCUUUCAGUGAAGGAAAAGCUAUACUGAACACUGGUAAAUACCUAAAGAAUGUUUAUAGAAUCGGAGAUGGUAAUGAUGCAAAUGUAAUGACGUUCAAGGCAACAUGCAUCCAGUCCUCUGGGGUUUUUUCACCCCCUCAUCAAAUUAUGGUGAAAUUUAAUCAAAUAACAACAGAAAUUCAAGGUACAUGUUCAUGUACUGGAGGCUCCUCAGGAAAAUGCAAGCAUGUUUGCGCAUUACUGAUGUACUUAGACAGACUUGAUAACAUUGAAUCACUGACAACAGUGAGUUGUACAGAUGUGAGGUGCAGCUGGAAUCAGGAAACUAUAAAAGAACUUUACCAACCAAUACCUGUUAAAGAAUAUUGUCAUAUUGGCAAAAAUACAGCAACAAUUAAAAAGAGUAAGAUUAGGGUUGGAGAAAUUCCAACAGGUGGAGCUUUAGCAAAAACGAAGUUGAAAUGCCAUCAGCUGUUGAAUGCAGGUAUGUGGAAUUGCGGAUACAUUUCUUCAUUGCGUAGUGCUACCUACAUUUUCAUUUUUUAUGUAAUUAUUUCACUUUUUACAGCAUUUUCACAGUCUGCUCAUGUUAAACAAAAACGGGGAAGAGGUACAGUGGCAGAUGUUUCUUCUUUACGUUAUUCUGUCCGACUCCUAGUAAAUGAUUUGAAGAUUCUAUUAGAAGGGAAUGGUACAGAUUUAACUGAUUUGUAUGGAACGGAUACUAUACAUUUCGAAAAUGAUGAACAGAACGAAUUGGAAAAUUUUUAUAACUGCUGUGUGAAUGUAAAGUUGGAAGAAGCCAUUGAAAUUCAAAAUGAUAGUUGCUUUCAAAGAAAUGACCCACUUUGGCAGGAUGAACGAAAAGUCAGGAUCACUGGAAGUGUGGCGCAUCCCAUAUUCACCUACAGGAAAACCCAACCAGAGGACUGGAGAAAGAAAAUAGAAACUAUUUUCUUCAAAACUGUUGAGCCUACUAAGGAUAUGAUUUUUGGUAUUCAGAAUGAGUACACUGCCAUUGAGAUUUUUUUAAAAAAUUUUAGUUUAUCUGAAAUGGAAAAUUUUACUCUUAUGAAUGAAGUUGGUCUGCUCAUCAAUCCAAAGUGCCCAUACCUUGCAUUCAGCCCUGAUGCAAUUUUAAGAAGCGGAGAUGGAGAAUACAUACUGAUUGAAGUUAAAUGCCCCAAAAAAGGCCGUCUACUUCCACCAAGUGAACUCAUUUCAGAGCUGCCGUAUUUAAAUGUUUCAACGGAUGGUCAUAUUACUUUAAAACGAAAUCAUACCUAUGGCUAUUUCACCCAAAUACAGCUGGGCCUUGGGCUGUUUGGCAUAAAAAAGGCUCUUUUCAUUGUAUAUUGUAAGAAAAGUAAUUGCAUAAUCCACAUUGAUGUGCCAUUUGAUGCUGAGUAUUUUACAAAUGUGCUUUCAACUUUAAAGAGAAAGUAUUUCCGUUUCAUUUUGCCAGAAAUUCACAGAGUACUCAUGUCACCAAAUGAUCAAGAAACUUCGUGAUUUUUUUAUUUGUUUUUUUUUUGGUCAUAUUUGUAAUAAUUAAAAAUGUUAUAGUUUAUUUUACUUGAUGUUGAAUAAUUUGUGAUUUUACCUAUAGUCCAUUUUACUUAACUUUAAGUAUACAUUCAAGUCUCAUGUUGAUCAUUUUUUUUUUUUUUGAUAAUUUCUGUAAUCUGUUGAGUGAAUUUUACUGAAUAAUAAAACAUGAU